GACUGGCUGACUGAUUGGGUUGAGGUAGCACCUUUCCCAAUUUUCGAAAAAUGGAACCUUUGUCAUUCAGUGUGAAAAACCCAGAGGCAUCCAAUGACGGUUCUGUUGAUUUCCGCCUUCAGCUGAUCGGUUCGAUGCCGGUCCAUUCUUUAACCACGAUGCCCAUGCUUCCUUGGAUCGUAGCCCAGAUCCGACAGCUCAGCUUUCAGCCAUCAAAGGAAGAGCCUGACGUUCGCCAAAUUCGGAUCUACAUCUCCCCCGCCAAGAUACGGUGUGAAGCAGACUCAGGGAAAAACCAGCAGUGGGAUCCUUUGAUCUGUUCCAGCCUCUUUGAGUGUCGGCCUCAAGAUGUCCACAAGUUGAUUCACAACAGUGAUGAUCCCAGUUACUUUGCCUGCUUGAUCAGAGAUGGGUCCCCACACCGGCCAAGUAUCUGCUACGUUUUCAAAGCCGAUGAUCAAACCAAGGUGCCUGAGAUUAUCAGCACCAUCAGACAAGCAGGGAAGAUCUCUCGUCAGGAAGACUUUCAGAGCCAACCUGAAGAUCCUUUCAGCAAGAAGUUUGAGGUGCUGUUUUGCGGCCGGGUGACGGUCGCGCACAAAAACGCCCCUCCGGCCUUCAUCGAUGAAUGCAUCGAGAAAUUCAACGAUGUGAGUGAUACCAAAAACCUGCACCUGCCCCGUCAAAAUGACAGCGCCGAUCACUCCAGUGGCUUUUCCCUAAGUGACAAAUUCCGCUCCGUCUUCCAAUCUUCGGCGAGCGAAGAAGAGACCGCGAAGCCCUUGAGGAAGUCUCACUCUCAGCCCGGCCUCCCUUCUUUUGCGUUGAAAAGGGAUGUGCAGAGCUGGAGCCUGAAGAGCAACAGCCUGGCCCGAUCCUUGGAUGAAGAUGAUGUCGUUUCUCUCAACUUAAAAAGUCAAUUUAUCCAGGGACAAAAUGUACAGCCGACAGAUAUUGCUGGGAACCGGAUUAUGUUGUUCACGAUUGGACAGUCUGAAGUUUACAUCAUAAGUCCCGAAACCAAAAAAGUAGUUAUUGAGAAAAGCUUUAAAGAAAUAUCCUUUUGCUCCCAGGGAAUUUGUCAUGUGGAUCACUUUGGAUUCAUCUGCAGAGAGCCUUCCAAAAACAGAGGCUUCCAUUUUGUCUGUUACGUAUUUCAAUGUACAGAUGAAGCUCUGGUGGACGAGAUCAUGAUGACCUUGAAACAGGCCUUCAGUGUGGCAGCCAGCCAGCAAAAUUUCAAAGCCCAACUGCAGUUCUGUGAUGAGUGUCCUAUGCAAAUUCUUCAUAAGCUUUGUGAAAAGAUAGAAGGGAUGCAUCCUUCUAAAACUAAGUUGGAAUUGCAAAAACAUUUAACAGCACUGAAUAACCAGGAGCAAGCUUCGAUUUUUGAGGAAGUUCAGAAAAUAAGGCCAAGAAAUGAACAGAAGGAGAAUGAGCUCAUCAUCUCUAUCCUGAGAAACGUGUAUGAAGAAAAACAGAAGGAUCAUGUUCACCUUGGGGAAGUUAAACAGACGGGCCAGUCCACUGGAGAAGCCAUGGGAAACGAAAUGCCAAACAGCACAAGUCGGUUCAAGCUUGACGUGCUGAAGAACAAAGCCAAGAGGUCGCUUACCGAAUCCUUGGAAAAUAUUUUAUCUCGGGGAAAUAAAAGUAAGAGCCUACAGGACACCGCUGGAAGUAUUGAUUUGGAUAGCUCCUUAUCCAGCACGCUCAGUACUAUAAGUAAAGAAACAUCUCUUAGCGACCAGGAAAAUCAUUUCCCCCCGGACAGCCUUCUAAAACCAAACGGGUCGGUGGACAAUCUUGAUCUUCUCUCGACUGCAUCUGAAGGAUCAUCUGAAGAACAUCCUACCCAAUCAGCCUACCAGGGCUUCAGAAGACGCGCUAACACCCUGACUCACGUUCCGUUGGAAACCCAGGAGUCGUUCGAAUCGGUUGAAACUUCUCCGUCUGUUUCCCAAAGAAAACUUCUGAGGUAUCAUUCCAUGACCACAGAGGCUCCAGACCAGCAAAACGCUGCCAGCAACUCUAAGCCACCAGCUGCUGCCCGGCCUCCUCCAGCUCAACUUCCAUCCUCGGCCUCCUCACCCAAUUUCUUCAAGCGCCUAAGGCAUAGCUCAAGUGGAGAACAAGGCAGGCAGGCCAUGCCAAAGAGCACCUCCUACCGUUCCUCUUUCCAGAAAAAGCUUCACACCUCCUCUUCCGUACCAAAUUUCUUAAAAUUCCUGGCUCCUGUAGAUGAAAAUGUCACGUCUGACUUUAGGAAACCUACCAGACAUAACAUAUCCAAUGAAGCAGAUUUGGUCCCCGAGACCCCAGUGAAGGCUCGACGGCAUUCUUGGAGGCAGCAGAUAUUUUUAAGAGUGGCAACACCCCAAAAAGGAUGCGACCCUUCUGGUUGGCAUGAAGAUUAUUCCGAACUGGGAGAAUUGGCCCCUAGAUCACCGUUACAGCCAGUUUGCGAAGACGGACCAUUCGGAGCAACCAAAGAAGACAGAAAAAAGACACCCAAGGAGUUGAGGGAGCUUUGGAAAAAAGCUAUUCUCCAGCACAUCCUUCUUCUUAGGAUGGAAAAGGAAAAUCAGAAACUGCAAGCUUCUGAAAACGAUCUGCUCAAUAAGCGCCUGAAGCUUGAUUAUGAAGAAAUGACUCCGUGUCUCAAAGAAGUCCUGUCUGUCUGGGAUAAAUUGCUGACCACGCCAGGAAGGUCAAAGAUCAAGUUGGACAUGGAGAAAAUACAUUCUGCUGUGGAGAAAGGGGUUCCUCGGCAACAACGGGGAGAGAUUUGGAAGUUCUUAGUAGAGCUGCACCAACUCAAGCACCCAUUCCCAAAUAAGCAACAGCCAAAGGACACGCCGUACAAAGAACUCUUAAAACAGCUGACUUCCCAGCAGCAUGCAAUUCUGAUUGAUUUAGGUCGCACUUUCCCGACCCAUCCCUACUUCUCAUCCCAGCUUGGAGCUGGUCAGCUGUCCCUCUAUAAUAUCCUGAAGGCCUACUCCCUCCUGGAUCCGGAAGUGGGCUAUUGUCAAGGCCUCAGUUUUGUGGCCGGAGUGUUGUUACUACACAUGAGCGAGGAGGAAGCCUUUAAGAUGCUGAAGUUCCUGAUGUUUGAAUUGGGCCUUCGGAAGCAAUACCGACCGGACAUGACGAUUCUUCAGAUCCAGAUGUAUCAGCUCUCUCGACUCCUCCACGAUUACCACAAAGAUCUUUACGAUCACUUUGAAGCCAACGAGAUCAGCCCCAGCCUCUACGCAGCCCCGUGGUUUCUGACCCUGUUUGCUUCUCAGUUUCCCCUGGGUUUUGUCGCCAGGGUGUUCGACUUGAUGCUUCUCCAAGGACCAGAAGUUCUAUUUAAAGUGGCCCUGAGCCUUUUGGGAAGCCAUAAGCCUUUGAUUCUGGAGCAUGAAAACCUGGAAACAAUCGUUGACUUCAUUAAAAGUAUUCUUCCCAAUCUAGGCUUGGUACAGAUGGAAAAAACCAUUAACCAGGUAUUUGAGAUGGAUAUUUCCAAACAGCUUCAAGCUUAUGAAGUUGAAUACCAUGUCCUUCAGGAUGAAUUAAUAGAUUCCUCUCUCAAUGACAAUCAAAGGAUGGAUAAACUUGAGAAGGCCAACAGUAACUUGCGGAAGCAAAACUUUGAUCUCCUUGAAGAGCUGCAGGUGGCUAAUGGGAAGAUCCAAAACCUGGAAGCCAUGAUCGAGGUUCUGCUUAACAGUGAAGGCAAAUUGAACCAGACCAUCCGCGCUCUGGAACUGGAGAGGAAAGCACUGUUAGAAAAUCUCAAGGAAUUCCACAUGCAGCCAGUAAACUCCAGUGGAAAAACUCUUCCCUCCGAGCAAGGACGCACAAAUGCCGCUAACUGAGAAUUUAAGGCUCAGCAACUCUUUUCUUAAGCAACUCUUAGAAUUUUUUGUAUUGCCCAUGCCUUACCUUUUCUUCGUUUCUCAAAUCGUGUUGCACAGAGGAGGAAAGUGUUACAGUGCUUACUUAAGAUCUUGCUCAUCUACUACGUCCCAUUUUUCUUUCACAUAGUAUACCUACAGAGUACAACACGCAGGACAAUUUUUAAGCUUUGUUAUAAUUUGACACAUUUCCACCUGGUUGUAAACUUCUGGAGUCCAUUACCCUAUGGUAAUUGCUUGUCAUUCUAAGGGUUUCACCGAGGUUACACCAAAAGGGUUUGGAGGAAAUUCCAGGCUAAACCUCAAGGGCUGCAAAUUUCUCAAGGAAUUUCAAUUUUAGGAGCAUGCUGGAGUGAUUUAUUUCCCAUUUCAGGGGCUAAUGUGUAAUUCUUUCUCCAAAGAGGAAAGUGAAUUCUACUUACUCAGUGUGUUUUUAAAACUUGCCAGGGGGACACUGACAUCAUGAACCACGAAGAAGCCAAACAUCACCCUAUAAUUUUGGGGACUACUCUUUGUUGUUGCCAAUGUGAUAAAUAUGGUUUUCUGUUACUUUUAAUCUAAUGAUGUAUCAUGGUUGAAUGCUUUGAUAUCAGGGUCAAGGAGAUAGCUUUCCUUUUCUCUGUAUUGGCAGAAUCUCAAGCUUUCAUAUCUUUAUAGUUGACUAUGCCUUAAAAUGUUGUAUUAUUUAUUUUUGAUUCAUUGUGCCACAAGCCUUUGUUUUCUGAAUGCAAAGCUAGUUGUUUCCCCUUUUAAUUCCAGUUGCUCAGUCAGGUAUCAAGCAAUUGUAGUUGAUAACACUUCAAACAUCACCUUUAAAAAUUCCAGAGCCACUUAACAAAUCAAAGAUAUUCCUAUACAUGUUGCACUUAGAAGCAUAUUACACUGAAGAAGAUUAUGGUUUUAAAACAGUUUUAUUAAAAAAAAAUAUUGUUUUUCAUUAGGAGUGCAGGCAUCGUUGUGCACUGAAAAUAUAUCCUUUUUCUGUCUGUUGAAUAUUGGGAUAGUUAAAAGACUCCAGGUAGUCAGCAAAUAUUCUAGGAUUCAUCACUGUGCAAUCAAAAUUUUAAUCAGAAUGAUUGGUUAAGAUCACAUUUACCGGUAUUUGUUUUCAAACAAAUGUGCAUGUUGGUGAUUUUAAAAGUUUUAACCUAGUUACACGAUGAUGAUGAGACUCAUUGAGUGGUUUGCCACUGAUUGAAGUAAAUCUGCACUUCUAGGGGUAUUUGCACUACAAAUGUAACUCAAUUAAAUAACUCUUUCAUCCUGGGGGAGGAGAACAGUUCCAUUUUUAAUGGUAAUGAUCUCUGAAAGAUCAUUUUUAAUGUCCUCGUUGAAUUAAUUCAUUUGACCCUUGAAAGAAAAGCAUAACAAACUAGCAUGUCUCCCCUCCCUGAUGUAGUGUGGUUAUUUUUAAAAAAUAAGAGUUGGCUGCAUUAAAUAAGCAAAGGUUCUUUGUUUUUAAAAAGUUAUGCUGGCUCCUUGGAAAAUAACGGUUGAAAUUCACCACGUGGGUUUUUUUGCGUUGAUAAAUAUUAGAAAUGACAAUCUUAUUGACUUUGCUGUUGUUUGGUUUGAUGUUAAGGCAUCAUCACGCACAUGUUUAUAUCUUUGUUUUUCGGUAAUUAUUUCAUAUUGUCAGAUUCAGACACCUACUACUGUCAUAGCUAUACACUGUUAGUAUGCCCAACAGCAUUGGAUUUGGACUGACAUUACCCCAUCUGUAAGUUUUUUGAACACUUAAAAAAAAAGCAAUAAACAUCAAAUUCAUAUGUGAUGCUCCAAAAAUCC